UUCCAGUAGGCACGUCAGAACAAAAUGUCGAGUGAGGCAGUGUUAAGCUAGUUGCCCCGAGUUGGAGCAAGAGCUUCAUGAAAUUAAGUUGGACUUCUGAAAAAGGGGACAGUGCCUAAAAGACCUAGCGGGAUUCUGAGAAACGAACACUCACACACUAUAUUCCCUUGACAGCAAUCGGGAAACCCUCGACGAAAGUGAACUUCUUUGUUCCGUCUACGCGCAGCAUUGUUUGGCGCAGCGUUGUUUGUUGUGAUUCGACGAAACCCCUUUCGAGAUCGAAUCUAAAAUCGACGAACACGUCGGACAUCCCAGAGGAACUCAGAAUAGCGUCAUCGAGGAGAAUCAUCGUAAAAAGUAGGAAAACUCGACGCUCCUGAUGAGAAACGUUCCCAGUUUACGAGUGAAGCGCAGCGUAGUGCGCGAGUGCUUUGUUUUGUAGACCAGCUGAUUCAAGCAAGGAACUCCGUUCUCUUGACAGGUCGAUCGUUAGAAAGCAACUCGGAAAAGUGAUAAUAUUUUUUUGUUUAGUUUCCUUUCAGUAAUAGAAAAAGUGAUGGGGGAAGAACGGUUUUGAGGUUAGGAAACAUAUUUGGCACCUGAAAACCCCGAAUAACACAAGUGAUGAUAAUCUCAGCCUGAACGCUCCUUGUUUUGAACCAGGAAUGUUAUUUAUUUUUAAUAGAUAUUUUCUCCACUAAUUUUUUUAUUCAAGUCGAGUGCCUCAUUUUUGUACUGCCUUCCAGACUGAGAUAAAUACUACCUCGAAAAAACGAGCCUGAUCCUUUAAAUAUUAUUUAUUUUCCUAAGCCAAGGUAGACUCUAUUUAAUACGGUAAAGCGAGAUGUCAGACUCGCCCUAGUCACGAAAAACCUUUGUCACAAUUAUUGUCUCGCUUUUUGUAUGUUUUGUUCGUGGAGAGUUUUCAAACGUUCCUAAGGUUUUAUCCAUCUUAUGAUCUCAUAUUGCUUUUCUUCGUUGAUAUUCCCAAGAUUAAAGGAUUUAAAAAAGUUUACUAACUUUUUGACCUUUAGUUCUGAAGACAAAGGAUUGGUGGAAAUAAGUUGAGUUUCUAAGAAAUCUGAAUGAAAUUGAACAGAGGCGUGAGUGAAUCGAAAGGAGUUUUCCAAGUUUUUCAUGAGGAGGAGUCAGUCGAAUCUGAUUGCUGAUACAUGAAUCGUAGAUCGUCUGGGGCCGUCCUCGCGAAUUUUAGAGAACGUGGGGUACGGCCCCGAGUAAGCUGACUAAGGGAGUCGGAGAUAACUCAUGACAGUAGUUUCUCAGGAGAGAAGAGGUCAAUCUAAAUCUGUUUUUACCUUUGACAUAAACCAGCCUCAAGAUGCUAUACAUAUUCCACGUGGACACGGGUACCACCAUCACCUUUGACAUCAAACUUGCUCUGCAGAGUGUGGCAGAGUUAAAGGAGUCGAUUGAGAGAGAAUGUGGCGUUGUAUCCAAGGACCAGGUUCUGCUGAUGAGUGGUGGCGAAUCCUUGGAGUCCAAUGCUCGAGUUUGUUCUUACUCUGCCGGAACAGACACAAAUCCGAUCUACCUUUUCAGCAAAGCUGCCAUAGAGAGCAAUUAUCCACCUACGCCUAGCAUAGAUUAUGGCUGUGAUGUGGAUCUUCAGAGCCAAGUCGACGCUUCUCUGUUGAUGCCGGCUACAUAUCAAACCAUCGUUACACGUGCUCAGCUGGCCCAACAAUGCUGCGGUUUGGCCAGAGAUCAGACCAGGAUUUGUGAAAAGUUGGUCCACGAUCAGCACUUGCAGCAGCAAGGAUGGGCCGCUGUCGUCGCAAAUCUCGAAGAUGUCACACAAAUGUUCCAGUCGAGAGCCGAGCAGUUUCAGCACAGCUUCACAGUUUACCAUGCUGAGAGGCAGCAGUACAUAGAACUCCUUCAAAAUUUCAGUGAUGAUGUCGGAACCCUCUCGAAAAUCCCGAUUCUGCCUGCAUUGCGAGCGCAAGCAGAAGGGUUUCUCACUCCAGACGAGCUGCCCACAACAGAAGAAGAUCCAGAAGUGUUGAGUUUACUCAAGUGGAUCUCGGCUAAGGAUAACCAGAGCACUUUGGAACAAGUGGCUGAACAAUGUUCGAGAGGCUUGGAGCAGUUCAACGAGAGAGUCCUGGAAUCGCUGAUGGACGAGGCAAAUGCAGCUAUUCUCAAUGCAAACAAGCAGGACAUGAAGGAGGUGAAAGGUCUCGGGGAAAGAUUGAUGGCCUUGGAAGAUUUGAUGGCUCAGACUAAGAAGAUCGUUCAGGAGCAGAGUGAACUUGCUCACGGAUUUCUGCAGAAUCAAAAUCGGACGAAAAUUGAAGGCGAUGCGAGCGUUCUUCCCGAUCUCUGUACUUCGCAUAAACGACAACUCACCGUUAUGCUGAAUAACCACAAUCAGCUUCGAGACAUUCGCAGAAGGUGUGCGAAAGCAAAGGAGGAACUAUCGGCCAACAUAUAUUACCGUCUGAAGUGGGUCGUGUACGUCGAAAGCAAGAUAAUAGAUAUCGACUGUAAGUUGAUUAUGUACCACGAGAGCUUGAAGCGUCUAAAGAGGCAUCUGGAAGUGCUGCAGCAGAUUCACUUGGCUCCUGAAAUGUACAUGAGUGCCAUAACUGAAGUCGUCAGACGAAGAACGUUCUCUCAAUCGUUUUUGACCUGGGCCAGCACAUUGGCCUGUCAACUGUUGACUGUCCACAGCGAGGAACUGAACAGACGUCGAGAAUUCCAGACCAAGUUCGAGGGACACUUUCUGAAUACACUCUUCCCUGGCUUGGAGGACACACCCCCACCUUUUGCGACGCAGGCGCCGCCGGUUUUCGACAACUCUCUUCCGAAGCUGACUGUGGAUGAUAUGGAAUCUUUGAGAAAACAGCUGCCAGACUUGGCGCUUAGCGUUUCUUCUCCAGAUCUCAAUAGCAUCACUCAGUUCUUUUACUCCAAGAGUUUGAGCGAGGGAAGCGUCGAAGUCAACAAAGAUAAAGAAAAUACUUCGAUGCCAGUUGACGUUUCUUCAAAGGACCAAGAACCGUCUGUGGUUAGACCGCAGAUGCUGGUUGACAGAGGAGAUUUUGAGUCUGAAACUGACACGGAAGAGUUCGAGAAGAUAGGUCAAGGAGCGACAGACUCGAAGUUAAAUUACUUCGAGGGGAUGAAACACACACAGCAGAAGAAAAUGGAGGUUGGUGUCCAGCCAAGUGCAUCCUUGGGUUCCACAACCUCGACUAAUAUUCCCCCGCUAAAUUCGAAAGGCACUGAUUUAAAUCGAUCGUCUUCAUCGAGCGAACCCGAAUCCUAUCAUUUUCCUCGCCUUACCACAAGCGAACAACCCUGUCAGCUUAGCCCGCUAACCGAGUGCACCGAAAACGGUGCAUCCGGCCCAAAUCAUCUCAUAUGCUAUCCACAAACAUCAAGUAACGUUCCAUUAUCCCUAAUUUCCGACGUUCCUCAUUCCUCGAGUUCAAAUCCAGCCGCCGUAUCUCAACCCGUAGGGUGCGACGGUCAGACAAAAGAGCAUCAACGCCAACAAGAGUGCGGAAGCGAAGGCAGCAGUCCCGUCGGUCUAGGAGGCGCUGAUUUCAUGGGUACCGAAUUUUACAUGGACGAAUCACUGCCAAGCAGUCUCAGCGAACAUCCCACUGACACCCAACAUCAGGCUAUCGUAUCCCUUCUCCAGGAAAACCUCGGAAACUCCCAAGAUGAAGUGGAACGACUACGGGCUCUUUUGCGAGUGAUGAAGACUGUCUCCUGUGAUGCAAUUGAAGCCUUCCGAAGUGAACUUGCGGAAAUUAAGGGAAGAAUGAACUUGGAUGAAAACGGAAUUGCGACUAUGACGGAGCAACUUAAUCAGGCUGUGACUCUCCACUCAAACGAGUGUAAACGAAUUGUUCAAGAACGCGAGCAAGAAUUGACGGUAGAUCAUGAACUCGAGAUAGCAGAUGUAAAGAAGAUGCUGCAGAGUCGAGAUGAGGAUGUUCGCGUUUUGAAAGACACAAUUCUCGAGAAAGAGACGCAAAUCACAGAGCAUGAGCGGCUUUUGAGCACGAUGAGACAGACUUUAGAGAAUGAGAAGGCGGAAAUUAAUCUGUUGCAAGCUCGCUUUCACGGACAGUUGAAAGAGGCCGUAGAGCAAGCCAAUGCUGAAAAAGAAAAAGCGCUGGAGGAAGCAAACAAGGCUAGAAUUGUGGAAAUCACCUCGCUCACGAGUUCGUUAACCCAGUGCCAAGAGAGGAUUCAAGAACUGGAAAAGGAGCUUUCUGCAGCUCAUGAUGAUCAACAACGGCUCAUUAAGGAAGCCUCUGACAAAAUGCAGAUGGAUUAUAAAACAGAGCUGGAAAAUAUCAGAAGCCGGUUCAAACUUAUGGCUGCUUCGACGAUGGAGAGAAGCCCGAGCGAUUGCAGCCUCGAGAAAAUUGAGAGACCAGAUAUGAUCGAGCUGGUGAAUCACGAAGCAAUUCUCGCUCAAGUGAAAGAAGAUAUGAGGAUCGAAAAAGCUGCUGAAAUCCGUCUCACGAUAGAAAAGGAAAGGGCAGAUUUCGCACUGAAAUUAGACCAGGAGCUUCAGCUGGCGAGGCAAAUGGUUGAUGAUAAGGAGAGGGAGAUGAAAAUAUACAGGGCAAGGGAACUGUCUUUAAUUGAAGAGGUUGAACGCUACAAAAAUACUAUCGGUCAUUUGACUGAAUCCGAAAGCAUGAUUCGACAAACCCUGAACAAGAAGGUGGAAAAUUUGGAGUCUUUCAAAUUGCAGCUUGAGAGUAAAAUGGCAGCGGAGAGGAAAAUCUUAGAGCAGAGGGAAAACCAGGUUUAUGAUCUCGAGGUGGAGAGGAAUGAAUUGCGCCAAGAACUACAAGGCGAGAGGACCAAGAAACAAAGUGGGCUUGGCCACGAAGAAAACUUGGAGAAUGAUCCAGACGAUGAUCAAGUUUCAGAGUCGAAGAAAGUCAAGUUGGAAGCGGACAAUAAUCCGGCCUAUUUCUCCAGAAGAGUCGAAAUGCUCGAGGAUGAUAACAAAAGGUUGAAUGCAGAGUUGAUCACUUUACGUGAAGGAACAGAGAUGAUUGAGGCGCUUGUUCAGUCUCUGGAAUCAGAUAAAGUGCGUUUGGAGAUUGAAUUAGUGAAGGAGCGUUCGAAACGCAGCUUCACUGGCGAUUCAGUUGGUUCUUCCUCGAGUGGGUCAACGGAAGGACGUGACAAGGACAUGAACACAUCGGUGGCGGUGGUGGCGGAACCAACGUCUAGAAAUGUGGCUACAAGUCCUGAGCCUCAUCGUCGAGAGGCUAUGUCUGUCUCAACUUCUACUUCUACACCCACUCAAAUUCGCGACAAGCUGACCAAAAGUACGGUUGGUCUCGUACAACAAGGCCGGAUAAGCAUCUCAAGCUGCAAUCCUGGGGACUCGGUUCUUAUUCUUUGGGACCCACAGCACAGGAAUUACAUCAUUUUCCAGGAGGCUGCGACCUUCUAUUUUCUCAACUCAGACUGCAUUGAUAUGUUGGAUUUGAGAGUCGGUUCUGAUGGGAUCCCGAAGCGAAUGCAUAUUGUUGCCGAGGUUGUGGAUAAAGAAUAUUGCCACGCAAGAAAGCCCGAGAAUAGAUUCCGAGUACCGCAAGGUACGAAAUUCUACCGAGUUCGAGUGAAGCCUGUACAAAGGGUUGAACCAGGCCAACCAGCCAAAAGCCAGUAAUUCGGAAAAAGCGAGUGACCUCUUCCGAUUCUUGCCUGGCAUAAACGCGCUGUGAUUGCGGAAUUGUGUUACUUGGGACAGUUUACGACUGUCUGCGAAUUAACCCGACAGUCAACAACGACAUACGUUCAAGAGGUAUCCCCCAAGAUCUCCGAUUCCUGAGUACGUCUCCGUAGCCAUCCGGACCCUCGGACCAAGGUCAACACCUGCCCAAAACCCAAACUCGAAUAAAGGUAACGCGAUUCGAGGUUUGUGUGCACUUUGGUAUCGCUAAACGAGGCGGAAGGAUGCGCUGGCGUUUUAAUUGUGAUAUCAAUAAUUUUUAGCGAGUGAAACAUAUUUGCCGAAUACUGGGAUAGCUGCUGUGACUGAGAGAAAAUUUGUAUUCUUUUUUUGUCUUUUUUUUUCUUUCAUAUAAACACUAAGAACGACACGAACGUCGCCAUUAAUGUUUCUCUUUAGUUCGAUACGGAGAUCUGACACAAGGAGAGUCUCCUUUUUUCAUAUGUCGGUAUGGAACGGCGAGACUGGUACGAAAGUUUUCCCUGUACUUUGUCUCGGACAAAUUUACAAUCCGUGAAUUUCGUGAAUUCUAGCUGUAAGUUUUGCAACCUUUAACAUGCUUCGGACGUACAUUCAUAUAUAUUAUAUGCAUACAAACGUCUACGAUAUAAUGUAUAUCGUAUAUAAAACACGUGCAAUAUUCACGUUUAAGCGUAAGUCGAUUUUAUAAAACGCAGUGUGUAAGUACUUCAUGAAAGUGGUGGAAGCAUAAUCAACGCGAUAAGGUAUACAUAAAGAUAUAGAAAUAUUGUACAGAUAUUCUCGUGGAUCGUGUUUUCCAUUUUCAAUUUGUGCUUCAUCCGAGCUCUGCACAUUUUCAUCUCUAGACUUAAGAACAUCACACUUAAGCAGGAAAUAUUAUUUAGAAGAUCGCCUCUAGUUCAAAUUCGAUCGAUGGAAAUCAAGAACUGAAGAACCUCGGAGACGAAAAAAAGUAGAUGGCAUGGCGGUCAGUGACAUUGCUUUUAUUUCAUUUUUCCGAGAAUCAGUUUCUCCUCGCAUAAAAAAUCGUUCUUAGUUCCAUCGUUCAAAAUAGAGAUAGAUAGGAAUUUGUAUGAUUUCUUGACGUUCAUUUAAAGUAAACGUCGUUCUUUAAGGUAUUACUAUAAUCUAAAACGCGAUCUAAGCAUUCGUAGUAUCGCAUAGUAGCUGUGAUCGUUAGAAUCCUUUGACAUUUUCACUUCUCUUUAGUCAAUCGAUAAUCUCAUAAACAUAAACACAUAAGCGUUUAAUGAAUAUAGAUUUACCAGGGAUCCAGGUUUCAUCCCUUCAGGAACAAGGUUUCUUAACUUCUGAUUCAACUGACGAAAGGAUAGUUUAAACUUGAUAUUUACGUGUGCAGAGGUUUUGAGUAAUAUAUGCGCUGAUACGUAAGAUAAAACAUAGAAGAAAAAAAUCUAUCUGCAAAGUUCGACCCUUGCUCUUGUUAAGCAUCUCUCUUGUAAGUCUCUCUCCGUCUUUUUUAUUCUCUAAAUAGAAUGCGUAUUUAUUAUUCACGAAACUGCACCAAUCUAUGCAAAUCAUUGCUUUCUCAUCAUUUAUCUCUUCGGCAGUCACCCAACCUGUGUCUUUUUGUUUGUAUUCAUGAUUCUUGUAAAAUUUAAUAAUAAAAUAUUUUAAUCAAUAAAACGCAAACAAAAGUGGAAAGAGCCAAAUAUUGGAUCCCAGGGAUUUCGCAAUUUCACUUCAGAGGCAUGGCCUUUAAUCACAAAAAUGAUGAAUCCAAAUAAAAAAACACUACCUGGCACUACCCUUGUGAGUGUCUUCUCAUCCGCAACACCUGGAACAGUUUGAAAGUUUUCAAAUUGGAUAUCUUUCAAGUUUCAAGGAUUGUUUUCAGAUUAGGAGAAACCCUGUGUACUUGGGAGUUUGUAUUUCAACAGUAAUCGACGACCUUGUCGCAUUUCCGACUUUUUUCCGUUUCGACGAUUAUAUUCGACGUCCUUACACUGUGCACACAAGUUGCGAUAUAUUCGUGGGUAGAGGAGUUUAACGAUCCACAGGUUAUUUAAAAAAUGGUAAUAGAUGUGUAGGUACACGUAACGGUAAGAGUAGCGUAACUGAUAAGCCCGAGAAUCAAAGCGACGUGCCUGCAAUGUAAAUAUGUAACAAGGCUUCUCGGUGUUGUUGACAGAGACUCCAGUACCAACCAAGUUGAUUUCGGUGCAGUUGCCUAGAAUAAUUCGUUGUCAUUUAGUGGUUAAGGCUAGAUGUCAAGAUUCCCGAAAUUAUCUGAGUGCCGAGCUAAAUUGCAAGAUAGGCGACGAAUGAGUUGAGUCGCAGGAUUUUCCAAAUUUCGUCUGGGCGAAGGGAGUAAUAAUUGUUGUAUGGGAAGUUAAUAAUUUUUGUAGUAAUCUCGCCUCGUAAGGUUUGUCUCAUUUUUUGUACCUAGAUCUCUAAGUAGGCGUAAUGUGUGUGAUGGUGUCGCGAUUGAUUUCGUAAAUUCCAUUGGAUAAGACAACAGAAGCUAGCAUUAGUUUGAGUAUUUUUAUUGAUAAGGUUUGGCCCUCGCCAGUAACUUUACAAGGAAUAGCAUCCGUUCCACUGAGAAUGACUCGGAUAGCCGCUAAUUUGUUGUCGGUCUAGUAAUUAGUAGUUUUUAUCCUUCCGAGAGUAUAAUGAGAAAUGAGAUAGAAAAGGACGAGUCACUUGGAGUUGAAUCUGUUAUUGUACUAAAGUAAAUUAUCGGCUGCUAUCAUGUCGUUUAAACGAAAUAGAUUGGAAAUUUUAUUAUCGAUUGUGACAAGGCAGAACGCCUGCAUUCGAAUAAUUAUUGACACCGUACUCUUAAUCGUUUUGACAAUAUGAUGUUGUUUUCUUGCGUCCUGAUUCACGCAGAGCUGAAUGCUUCUGCAGGUUUCACCUUCAUUUUCAUUGAUUGUCAGCCGUUCCGUCAGUUUAUUAAUAAUUUUUCUGUCGUUAAGGAGCAAAGGUAGCGUGUAUAUGUAAUCGAGAUGAGUAAACGCGUAGGAUUAUAACAAUUGUGAUCGUGAGAGUAUCUGUUAUAACAAGUAAGUAAAUUUCAAAUAAACCAUUGUGACUUUUACAGACAAA